CAAAACAUUCAAGAGAUGUAUCACUUUUUUCUUCUUAAUUCUAAAAUUGUCAUAGACUUCCCAGAGAGAUAUGUUCUUGAGCCCACAGUUCCGGAUCUGCAAUUAGAGACUGCAUCAUCUGCUAUCAAAGGUGCUAUUCAGCUGGGAAUAGGAUACACAGUGGGGAAUCUCACUUCUAAGCCGGAUAGAGAUGUCCUCAUGCAAGACUUUUACGUAGUGGAAAGCGUCUUCCUGCCCAGUGAAGGGAGCAAUCUGACCCCAGCUCAUCAUUACCCAGACUUCAGGUUUAAGACAUAUGCUCCACUAGCAUUCCGAUACUUCCGAGAACUUUUUGGUAUCAAGCCUGAUGAUUACUUGUAUUCCAUCUGCAGUGAACCUCUAAUAGAGCUGUCCAACCCUGGAGCCAGUGGAUCCUUGUUUUUUGUGACCAGUGAUGAUGAAUUUAUCAUCAAAACCGUUCAGCAUAAAGAAGCUGAAUUCCUUCAGAAGCUACUGCCAGGCUAUUACAUGAACUUAAACCAAAAUCCAAGAACUCUUUUGCCAAAAUUUUAUGGACUGUAUUGCAUGCAGUCAGGAGGCAUCAAUAUCAGGAUUGUGGUGAUGAACAACGUCUUACCGCGCUCCAUGAGAAUGCACUUCACGUAUGACCUGAAGGGCUCCACUUACAAGCGAAGAGCUUCCCGAAAGGAGAGAGAGAAAUCCAACCCCACGUUUAAGGACUUAGAUUUCCUGCAAGACAUGCACGAAGGGUUAUAUUUUGACACAGAAACCUACAACGCACUCAUGAAAACACUUCAGAGGGACUGCCGGGUGCUGGAGAGCUUCAAAAUCAUGGACUAUAGCCUUUUGCUGGGAAUCCACAUCUUGGACCAUUCCCUCAAAGAGAAGGAAGAGGAAAACUCACAGAAUGUGCCUGAUGCUAAGCGGUCCGGGAUGCAGAAGGUCCUCUAUUCCACGGCGAUGGAAUCCAUCCAGGGUCCAGGGAAACCCGGAGAUGGGAUCAUCGCAGAGAACCCGGACACAAUGGGAGGCAUUCCAGCUAAAAGCCAUAAGGGAGAAAAACUACUUUUAUUUAUGGGCAUUAUUGAUAUUCUGCAAUCAUAUAGGUUAAUGAAGAAGCUAGAACAUUCCUGGAAAGCUCUGGUCUAUGAUGGGGAUACCGUUUCAGUUCAUCGACCAAGCUUUUAUGCUGACAGGUUUCUCAAGUUUAUGAAUUCCAGAGUUUUCAAGAAAAUUCAAGCCUUGAAGGCCUCGCCUUCUAAAAAACGUUGCAACUCCAUCGCCGCCCUGAAGGCCACCUCGCAAGAGAUCGUGUCCUCAGUUAGCCAAGAGUGGAAGGACGAGAAGCGAGACUUGCUGACCGAGAGGCAGAGUUUUAGCAGCCUUGACGAAGAAGCCCUGGGAUCCCGACACAGGCCGGACCUUGUGCCUAGCACCCCGUCACUGUUUGAAGCUGCUUCCUUGGUAACCACUAUUUCGUCGUCUUCCUUAUAUGCCGAUGAACAUUGUCCACACGACAGGACUGCGCUCUAUUCAAACAGUAAAGGGUUACCUUCCAGUUCAACAUUUACCUUGGAAGAGGGGACCAUCUACUUGACUUCUGAGCCAAACGCUCUGGAAAUGCAGGACGAUAAUGCCUCCGUGCUUGAUGUCUAUUUAUAAGUGAACACAGUGACCGUGAGACAUGAACACAGUUGUGGAUGAGAAGUUUCCCUACUCCGGAAUUACCCAGAGGAGCUUGGCUGACCCCCACUGCACACGGAGUGAUAAUCAACCGGAUUUAGGAAUUUGCAAGGUGUCAGGGGAGCCUUGGUCCAUAGGCUGACCAGCAGAUGUGAUGUGAAAAAUACCACACUAUUCUAUCAUUUGCUGUUGCUUGCUCAACUGUGGAGAACUGCAUGAACUCGAUUUCAGCUGCUUUCAUUGCCAAUCACCAUUUGGGACUUGGAAGUGCUAUUUUCCUAUUGACACUUGCAUUUUUUCGUUUUGCAUGCAUCCAAUGAUUAUACAUAAGCACCACAUGUAAUCUGCUUAUUUUUUAAAAAUCCAUCCAUGCAAAAUGGUAAAUAAAGUCUAAAUUCUGCUCUUUUUUGCAAAUUAUAAUCAUAGCCCAUGUCUUUCAAAGUUUAACUUGGUUUCAUAUAAAGAUCAGUGUAAUAGGUCUGCAUAUACUUUAUAGAAAACUAGCUUCUAUAAAGAUUUUUUCACUGUUUACUAGUGAAAUGAGAAAAGCAAAGCUAUUUAUAAAAGGCCUUAUGUCGUGUACAUACGUUGUCUUUGAAAUAUUUGUGAUUUAGUUUAUUGCUUGUAAAAGAGAAAUUAUAUAAUUUAUUUAGUAAAUACUAUUGUAAACUAUAGUUUUAUUGAGAGAAAUAAAAUAUUUUGUUCUCAGUUGUGGUAGUACAUUAA